AUGUCGAUCAGAAUCACUCCCACAGUGUUGCAAGAGGCCUACACUCGAGGAGGCGGAGGUGAAGGAGGAGGGCCGGUAGGAGUGAAGGAAGACUUUCGUGGGAUAGUUAUCCCUGGUGAAGUUAUCUUCACCUCGGGCGCCAACCUCAUCACCGGUCACGGUACAUACCGAGUGGAUGACUCGGGCGGAGUUGCCGAGGCAGCUGCGGCGGAGCAGUCGACGUUGAUGGACGACUCUGUUGCUGCUUCCGCUCUACCCAUGCACGCUUCGAUGGCCGGUCGUCUAAAGUCGGUAAACAAAUUGGUCUACGUGGAACCGCCCAACACUCGCUACUCUGGCAACGUUGGGGACACUGUUGUGGGACGGAUUGUUGAAGUGGAACAAAAACGAUGGAAGGUGGAUGUUAACUCCUACCACCUGGCCAAUCUCUCCCUUGCCAACGUCAAGCUGCCGACGGGGGAGCUACGCCGAAAAUCGGAAGAUGACGAACGCGCUAUGCGCUCCUUCAUGCGGGAAGGCGACUUGAUAGUGGCAGAAGUGCGAGAGGUCUAUCGAGACGGCAGUCUACAGUUGCACAUGCCAGGCAUGCGUACGGGUCGGUUGGGUGAGGGGUGUGUGCUGCGUCUACCCCCUAGUCUCAUCCGCCGACAGAAGAUUCACCGCCACCAACUUGUAGUGCCCUGUGGUGGAGGUGGAGGGGGUUCAGGUGAGGAAGCGGCACGUAGUAUAUGUGUCGGUCUCAUCCUUGGCUGCAAUGGCCUUGUGUGGAUCGGACCUGAACGAGGUAUGAACCUCGGGGCGCGCCUCGGUGCUACAAUUUCGGCCCGGAAGCCGCACUCCACCACUGGUGCCAUCACAGCGGAGGUGGAGGAGCGCGUGGCAGUGGGGCGAGUGCGUAACGUGGUGCUUGCCUUGGUGGCGUGCGGGCACCUUGUGUGGGAGACGGCGGUAUUGGCAGGAUGUGAGGCUAGCUUCUUUGAGGAGGCGGAAGAGGCGGAGGGGCCUGUUGGCGGUAAUGGAGCCGACGGCGCUGCACCCAUCACCCGUCUCCUUCUGCCAGAGCAUCAGAGGCAUCUUGUUGAUCUUGUCAUGGCAAAGCUGGCGGCUGCUUGA